UGGACUCAGACUUUAGGGGGGAAAACUGUGAUUAACUCACUGUCCUGUCGUCUGUGCAGCAACAAAAAGAUCCUAUAUAUGUUUAUUUUUACCGUAAGGAGUCCAUCAAUGUCAAUUCUGCAACUUUUUUGAGUGCUUGAGUAUCCAUUGAUGUGUGAUGUUAUGAGGAGAGCAAUGCCAAAUUUGGUUUCCCAUUAAAGAAUCUACUGUUUUCUCAGGCAUGAGGGAGUUUUCCAGCUUUCUGAAAAAGUAGGCGAUGUGAGGAUUGUUGGGAAACCAUAUUUGUAGAUCAAUGGUGGUAGCUGUGGGGUCAGUAUGUCAGUAAGUUUCUCAGGAAAGUUAAUAUAUCAUCAAAAAAAGCGCUGUUCAGUGCUGUUAGUGUCUUCUGACACAUAAUCUCUUUUUGCAUCAUUACAAGUUCAACAGAUUACUCAAUAUGAAUUUUGUCAUCUGUCUGUCAGUGUUAACUCACUUUGUCUGACUCCUACCCUGAAGCACUGAUUCCUGGCAGUAAAAUAUAUAUGCAUCUAAAUAUAAAUCUAUCUUGGUGUUGGUGUUGGUUGCAUAAAGGGAGUUUCAUAAUCAGACUGUUUUCAAAACUGAGUGAAAAAAAAAUCCUCACAUGAGCUUUACAGUGGCUCAGAGCAUCAAAAGUCCCUUUGAUCACCAUCAAAACACUCAUUAUUGUCCUAGAAACAAGAAGCAUCCAUGCAAAAUCUCUUCCAUGCAUAAUCUAAUACCCAAACAGCUUCAAGUUUUCCCAAACUACACCUGCUGGUAUUGGAUAAAACUGCAUUCACCUGUCUGUGAAUCCUUCAGGUAGGAGAUCUUGGAAAAGAAGAGAAAAAAAUGGGUGGACGUCCCAGAAGACCUCCUUUCAUUGGACAACGGUGACGCCUGCAAAGGGAGGAGGAGGAGGAUUAUAAAUGCAGCGUUGGUGGAAAAAAGUUUGUUGUGUGAUCAUUAUUAUAACGGUCUGCAGACAGACACACAGACAGACAGACGACAACAACUUCUCCAGAGUUUUAAUCUACGUCCUUCAAGAUGAACAGAAUUAUCUUGCAGCUUUUUGCAGUCGGAUUCUGCUUUGCAGUCGGUAAGAAAAUGCGCACUUUUUCACUGACGGUGAAUCACACGUGAAAUUUACCUGCAUGAGAUUUUCUUAAAGGACAUUUCUUACGAGAUAAAUCACGUUUUUCUGCUCGAGAAAUGUCUGUGUUCAACUUAAGUUUGUUAAUCUUGAAAGUUUUAUAUCCUGUAAAAAUUGUUCAAAUAUUUUUUAUGCAAAUGUAGAUAAUAAGUUCUGGUUUAUUUUGCUUUACAUCGCGUUUUACCCAUUAUUUUUAAUUUUUUUGUGCGAAAGGAGUAAGAAAAAGUUUUCCAUAUUUUUGCUUUGCUUAGCAACCCGGAUAAGAUCCUGUUAAACACGUUUUGUUUGAGUAAAACUUACUAUUUGACUUUCUUUGGACAGGAUUUGGGACAGUGCCUGAGUGUGUCAUGUUUUUAAGUUUAGUGUACUGGGUGUGCUCAGUGUUUGAGGGUGCUGCAGAUCAGGGGAUUUUGUCAAACUGGGUGUGUUCCCUCCUAAUGUCUCUAUUACAGACAGAGCAGGUGUCCCAAAAUUUGAUAAAAGGUUCCCUUAAUGCAAAUGCUCAAUCGUGAUAGCGAUUGUUUGCAGAUUAAACGAUUGCAUAUUGUGAUUUGCAUUGGUUUAUCGUGUUUUAUAUCUUUUCCUGGUUUGCUGGGAUGUACUUUUGGUGCCAUUUUUAUGAAGAGACAAAGGACAGUGCCGUUUUUGAUAUCAUCAAUUUCAUGCAAAAACAUUUCCUUUAUCUCAUAGUUGUUUUUAAGAGCCACUAAGAGUCAUUUUAUCGUAUUAGGGAGUGGGUUAUGUCUGAAUAGUUAGCCAAAAGCAGUAAACUAUAGCCUAAUGAAGAAACUUUUCAAGUAUAGCCAAAUUUAAAAAAAAAAAAAAAAACUAGCUAACUAGCUAGUUCUACGGUUAACUCAAACUCAACGGUUAACGUAUGAUAACGGUUGACUUAUUAUAAUAAUGGGGAAAUAACAGUAUUUGCUGAAAUAGCGUCUCAAACACAGAAUAGUGAUAAUAAAAGGUUGAAAUAGUUAGCUAAAUGGGACUCACAAUGCACACAUUUGCACAGGAUACAUGUUGAGCAGUUAAAAAUGUUAGCUAAGCAUUUGAGACAGUUAGCUAACAGUUACACGGUUUAACUAUUAUCCUCUAGUGGCAAUAAACACUUAAAUCUGUGAUUUAAAGAAAACAAACUGUUGAAUUUGAGACAGUUAAACUGUUUAAGUAUUAUCCUCCAGUGGCAAUAAACACUUAAAUCUGUAAUUUAAAGAAAACAAACGGUUGGAUUUGCAUUAGCUGUAUUCAGUUUACAUGGUUAGCUUAAAGGUAACCUAGUAAAGAUAUUUAGCUAAGUGUAAUUAGCCUCAAACAUUUUAAGUUUGAACACAUGGCAAAAGUAAUACGCAAAGGUUGGAUUAGCGAUAAUCAAAUAUUUUCAAGAAUAAGCUAAAAGAAAAGUCCUCAAGUCCUGGUAAGGGUUUAGAGGUAAACAUAAUUAAGUUAUUUUCCAAGUUAAGGACUUAACUUCUGGUUUGCUGAUAGUCAUUGCAGAAGUAAGCCAAAUAUAUUCAGAGUUUCUGGACUUUUUUUAGGCUAAUGAGAAUGUUGAAUAGCUACUCAUUGGACUAUAAUUUUAUGUUUGAUGUAUAUUUACAGUAAAUUUAGUAGUUUUGAAUAACAGUCUUCAUUUAGACCAAUGAAACUGUCAAAUAUAACUUGACUCAGGUGAACUCCACCUUUCCCCAGGCGACACAAAGAAGCUGCAGAAUAUUGCUGUGUUUACCAACUGCGCACAUCUCAGGCUUUACUCUAAUGCCGUUAUUACAGGUUGGGGUGAGGCAGCCUGGUUGGGGAAAAAAAAAAGAACAUGUUGGUUCCACAAACGUCAUUUAAAGACUGAAUCAUGUCCUGACCUGCCAGCUAUUACAUGAGAAAUUCCUCACCCUGUAUUUGAGGCUUUGCUGAAGUCUCCAAUUCCACUUCUGGUCUGCAGUCUAGGUGCACUAUAUGGGACAUUCGUUGUUCCACUUUUGUGUUUUGGGGCUAUUGUUGAGCAUUUUGUUCUUAGGAUCCCCUUAGCUCUGUUGUCUUGGUCUCCAGUUUCACACCACACCCAUCCUAGCGGGAACUGCAGUCCCAUUCCUGAUUCUUUUUGUACUUAAAGGUGAUACCGUUGACCUUUUACCUGAAAAUGUUUAAUAAAACAGGUGUUUGUAAAGGUAAAGUGAUUUGAAUAUGCAAAUAAUAACAUAGUUGAGUUUUUUUUAUACUCCUGUGUGAGUGACCAUGAGGGAUGAAUAGUGUGUCUGUGGGUGAGUGUACUCUGGGGAAAAUAAGAUGAUUCAGAUGGCAGUCUGGGCAGUUUUUGAAGUCAACAUGUUACAGGCCACUGAGAGGUUUCCCUAAGCAUCAGCUCAAAGAAAAAUAGACUGAAAUACUCUUUCUGUGUCUUCAGGCAACUUUUAAAUCCAGAUGUUUCCAGAAACAGUCUGAAAUUUUGAGAUGAUAAGAAAAUUUGAUGAUUAAUGUCUUUAAGUUUGUUCUUUUGCAACUUAAAAAGUUCGCUUUAUAUUAUUGAGAUGUGAUUGAUACAGUGAGCGCAAAGAAAUAAAAUCACUUGAAAGUACUGUAAGCUUGAAAUGGCAAACAAGCACUUCAAAAAAUUUCCACUAAAAGAUGGCUUAAAGUAGCCGAAGGAUAAAUGGAUGAAAAGAUAAGUGAGAACAGUGGACAUGUUGGUGAAAGAGUUCGCCUCAUGUAGAGGACCUACUGUUGGAGCUGUUAAACAAACAAAGGAAAAAUAAUCCUUAAAAGUUAGCAGUAAUUUGAUGAUCUUGAUGAUUACUCACAGCCUUACCAAAUGUUUGAGUCCUGAGACAUAAAGGAUGAAUUCAGUAGAGGACCUAAAAGAGGACAUUUGAUCUAUCUACUCCUCCCAACAUUCUGGAUACUCCCAUCCUUUAAGGAUGUCCACAGUGUAAUCCACUUGCGCCCAAAUACAAACUUACAAUAUUUACACAUCACAUCACACCCAUCCAGGUGUGUGCAGCAUCAUGUUUUGUGAGGUUGUCAUGAUAACAUAAUUAACCCCACACAGAGGACGCUUUGAAAAUGGACUUUGUAUAUUUAACCUCAUAAUAUUUUUCAUUGACUUGUUAGUAUUUUCAUCUCACGAAAGGGCGUCCGGUUUUGAAUUUCCAUGCACAUGAUAGUUUGGUAGCAUGUGACACCUAUUAGAUUAGGUUUAGAUUCAGCUUUUGUUCUCCACCUCUUUUAUCCAAAGUCAGAGUACAAAGUUUGAGGUGAAAUUGGGAUGUUUUGGGCUGAUUCAGGACACUUCUUCAGGCCCUUUUGGCUGCUCCUGUUUGUCACACACGCAUAAGCUCAUGUUGAGUCAAUGAUGUAAUGUUGUCACUAGAAACAAACAGCACUUGUUUUGACUAGAAACAAACUAUUUUAGGAUCUGUGGGGACGGAUGCCCUCAGGUGGAAAUCUGGGGAAGUGACUCCCACUCCAACAAAUCUACACAAUAACUUGAUUUACCUUUUACACUUACAUUUAAACCUUCCAUAUACAGUCUAUUCUUCCUUUUGUUUAUUUGUUUGUUAGUUUUCUAGCUUUGUCUCCAUUUGGAGUUACUGGCCCUUGUAGCACCUGAAGGUCUGGUGCCUUAUUAAUGAUGUGUAGUUGUAGAUACAGAGCAGUAGAGGGCAGUGUAAGGCUGACUCUGCUCUGAUUGAGUAAGGUGCCACACCUCAGUUCAAGCAGGUUCAUUGCUAUUAAACAGGAUUGCAAAAGCACAAAGUCAAUAAAACCUCAUACCCCAGUCAAAAAAAAAAGACAAAUAACAUCUAAAAAUGUUUACAAGAGAUUUACUUUUGCAGAUUAGAGAUUGCAAACCCAUUAAAAAUAAACCCAACUCUUUUUAAAAGCAAGUCCAAAGUAAGUAAGAUUAUGUUUUUAAGCAAGCGGGGAUAUAGCUUAGCUGAUGCAUUUCAUUGAAAUGAAAACACACCAUGAGCAUUUUUGUUGAAUUUCUGAAAACAAAAUUACAUUACAACACUCUCUGCACGCCAUUCAGCAAUAAUAAACAGAUCUAUGGGAAUAAAGGUGCAGUUGACAUAUCAGGAUACAGGAUCUGCAACAAUUCAUGCCAGGUUGUAAGUGGGUCACUCUAACACACAUUUAAACAAGUUCUGAAACUUCUAUUGUUGCAAAAACAGAAGUAAACACCAAGCAGGAAGAAAUUAAUCAGGUUUACACCCAUCAUACAUUCUCUGGACUUGUUUACAAGGUACUUAUUCAUACAUGCUUGGUAGGCUGAGAGAUAUCCAGAUGAAAUCAGAGAUAUAGAUAUAGAAUAACAGGGUUUGAUUGACUGAUAAAAAAGACAACAGAGCAGCUCGCUGUAAUGCGAACACUGUCAACUGUCAACUUUUGUUAUACUUUUAAUAAGAUUUUAACUUCAUGUUUUCUGAACAAGGUUAUUUUGCCUUUCUGGAGAGAUAGGAAAGUGAAUUGUAUAUAAUUACAUCAAAAUAUCAUGAUGAUAAUACCACAGUCAUCAUAUGAUAUUUAAUGUGCUAAAAAUAAAUUAAACAAUGACUAAGACUAUAAGAUGGGUCAAGUAACCUGAAAGUUUCUCAAGUAAAACAAAUGGAAAUUAUUGAACCAGCAGAUCAAGUUACACUCCCACCAUAAAAUUUUUUUCUAACCCCUCUAUGCUGCUUCCCUCCAAUCUUCCCAUAGAGUCUUUUGGCCUGGCUGGAUUUUUUUUCUCACGUUUUCCUAAAUCCUUUGAAUCUGGUGUAUGAUUUCCAAAGAAGCGUCUCAUAUAACUCCUGUUACACAAAGUAGAGGUCACUGUAUUCUGGCAGUGUCUGCAGAUUGUUUUUGGCGCCAGUGUCCAUCAUUUUCACUGUACUAGAUCUGAUGAGGCAAAGGAUGAUGGUCUCUGAAGUUUUUGACAGAAAGACCUAUCAUUUCUUACCACAUAGUAUUGAAACUCUUGUUCCCACGAUAUUGUAUUACUUUAAAAAUUGACGAUACUGUCACUUACCUGAUGGAUAGAAUAGGAAACUGUGAAGAGAGAGAAGGAAAGGAAAAUGUUUAAGGGUUGAGAAGCAGAAUCAUCCACACAGUUUGAGGACUUUAGCCUCUUUACACAGGAUUGAACCACAAUGCCAAACCUGCAGCUUUUCUUUUUAUUUGUUGGUAUACUUCUUUCAAUCUUUGCUCUUUUUUAGACUCAGACUUUUUCUUCUACUGCCUUUAAAAAUUUCAAAUCAAUCACAUUUUCUUACUCUUCUGAAAUUGAACCAUUAAAAGGGUUUGAUAUAUUGUCAUCAGUAACUCUGUAAAACUCAGUCCACACAUCUAUGUCUCUUUUUUUGUAUUUAAAUCAGAUUAUUUUGAAUCUGGACCAGACUAAACCGAUUUAACCUGAUUCCAGAUGCUUUAAAACUUUUCUACUUGGUAUCUGCUUCUUCAACUUAAGUUCCCUUGUUUCACUCGUCAUAUCUCCUCUGUUGUUUUAAGACAUUGUUAAAAGGCCUUCCUACAAAGUAGCUGCUGUUUUGUAUUCAGCGUGUUUUUCUAGUGUAAGGGUGCGGAGUGAUGUGAAAGCUUGCCUCUCAUACGGUGAGGAAUUAUUUUUCUUUCAAGCAGCCACAACUUGAACUCCAGGAAGAAUGGAGGAUUGUGAAGUUUCCAGUCAACUGUCACCUGAUAUCUGCUCAGCCUCCUGCACCACUAAUUAAUCCCCGAAAAAUGCGUUGCUACAUCUCUCAUACCGAUCUCCUCUGACUAUUGUGUCUCUUUGUCAGAGUGAGUCAUUGCAGCGGUUUGUGUCUUCAUACACCCUGCGACAUCUUUUAUCUUCUGCCUUUUCUCUAAGGUAUGAGUGCUGUUUAUGUAGUUCAACUGUUGCAAUUAAAAGAGGUGGAGGCGGCCAAUUAAAUGUGCGUCCACAACUAACAAACCGUGAGCAGUAAUUGAGCCUCAUUUACUUUCUGUUUCCCCAAGUGACUUCACCUCCUCAGACUCUCCUCUCACCCCGACAAUGAAUUAUUCUGCUGACAAAGUCUUAAACAACAGGGAUUUGCAUUGAAGUGACUGUGUGUGUGUGUGUGAGGGUGUAUGUGUGAGUGUGUGUGUGUGUGUGCGUGUCUGUGUGUACAAAUAAGAUGACACCACCACCGGUCGCACAAGCAGGUUAGACUGGAUUUCAGAUACCAUCCAGUCACCAUCAGGGAAAAGUUGAUGUACGCAACACGUCAGUCUGCAUUGCUGAGUGAUGAAAAGAUGUGAAUAGGUGCAGCACGUUACAUGGUGCUUAAAUUUCAGUUUUGAGUACAUGAAAAAUAUUUUGCAGACUUUUAUUUAUUUAUUUUUUUAGCACACAGGCUUCAAAAAGCAAGUGAAGUAGAUACUGACUGAAGCAGUUUCACUGUUUUGGUUUUCCUGCGAUCAGAUAAUCAGAUGUUUUUGUUUUGCUCUGAUCAGGAAAUCUAACAGUGUGUUUUAUACAUUCAGUGUCUGAUUAUGUUUUCUAGUUUUGAGUAUGAGGUUAGUUAAAAGCAUCUAAAAUGUAGAUUUCACCAGAACUCAGGUGUGACCGAAACCAGCGACAGGGUGUGUUGUUGUUCCCAUUUAGAGUUGUGGGUGUGUUUCUAACUCUGAGGUAAAUAAAAAGGAUUACCUUGUUGUAUUGUGAUUAAAAUCAGGCUGACCCACAGGAUCUGAGGCUUUUAUUUUGUAGUUUAUAUACAUUUCUGAUGCACUGCCUUUGUUUUACAAUGAUUCUUUAACUUUAACACUCCUGGAUGUCUUGUUUUGGUUGUGUUUCCCAAGUCUCUGACAGCUUCUUUAAAUUAAAAUAGUCAGCUUCUGGUAAAUAUAAACCUAAUGGAAACAAAAAACAUCACUGCAUGUUAAUGUAUGUAACUCUAUUAUGUAAUUCAUUCAUUCUUUGGACACACCUUAAAACAGAUAAAGUGCUCAGCAGACAAAUGUGGAGUGAUUAAGUGUCCGUAUGUCUGUGGAUGAGUCAACAUAACAAAUAUCUGAAGAAUCAGCAGUAAAUCAGAGGGGGGAAAAGGACAACCUUUUUGACUGUCAGCUGUUUAUGUCAAAUAUUUUUGGGAAAGAGUUGACUCCAUUUUUUCCCCUCUUCUUACAAAAAACCUGUACUUCGUGAUGAGUUAAAUUCACUGUUUCUCAAUUAAUUCUACUCAUGUUAAGGUCAUUUUUUUGCUUUAGUUAGACCAAAAACCCACAAUUAUUGAUGCCAGUAAAAAAAAAAACAUUAGUAUAUUAAUAACAUUAAUAAUCAUACAAUACAGUACGAUACGAUAUAAUACGAGGGCAAGAAUAGCAGGGUAACUUACAGUAUGAAGAGGUAUGAUAUGAUGCUUUAUGUUACUUUACAAUACGACAUGAUUGAUUUGAUACAAUACAAUAAUAUAUGAUAUCAAAAUACAUAGCUUAUGAUUAUAUCAGGAUACAGCAGUGAUAUAAUGAUAUAUAUAUAUAUAUAUAUAUACUUGAAUAACUGAAGAUAGGAAAUGCCAUUAAAAGUAAAGUGUAGGUUUUAUAUCACUGUAGCCAACCUUAGGAAUCAUACGGUAGUAACUGAAUGAGUUCGGACGAUAUAGUACUCCUUCGUGUUUCUGAAAUAUCAUCAAUUUAAGGCAUGCUAAUCAGUCAGCAGGCCUCUGUCAACUCAGCCAAGCCUCUUAUUAUGAAAAUGUAUGUAUAAGUCUAAGCCUGUUCAAAGCCGUUUGAGUUAGCUGUAAAAAAAAACAACACUGGAUUUAUCGGCUUUUACCGCCUGUCUCCGAAUAGAUGGACGCUGCUCUACUCUUGAGGAACUGCAGCUUUUCGAGUGUCUAGAGUCUAGAUUUUUUUUAUUUGUGCUUGGGCAGCCACUGUUGAACACUCCCAUAACAAAGCUGUACAAGACUAUCCAAGUAGCAUUUAUGACAUUAACAAUCAGAAAGGGAGCAGCCUUAACAAUAAGAACACAAACUUUGUAUGUAGAAAACACCCACUACUACUACAGGCACGUUUACACCGACAAUCAGAGGAUCUUUACGAACUUCCUGCACUUGUCAAAAUGCAGCUGAAAUAAUAAAUCAAACCGAUGACGACUGAGGGGGACUUUGGAGACUUUUUGUUGUAUAAUGACCUCAGUGGGUCCUCUCUUGAACAGUUAAGUAAUGGGGGCACUGACUUUGAAACUGGAGCGACUGGUUUUUUCACUGGUUCCAUAGUAGUUUUUUCCAAUUGUGAGGUAUCUUCCCUCCCGGCAAUGAGUCACAAUCCUCACAAUGGCCUGUCUUGUUUAAGGCUUGCCGCAUCGCCACAGCAGCAGGUGGUUUAUUUUCAAAGUUACGUUUUAUUUCUGACAUAGAUGGAUAGAAAUCAACACUUCUGUGUGUUUUGAGUGGCAGUAACUUCAGGAAAACUGGCAGAAAGCUGUUACCAGCAGAGACACUAUCCUGCUGUUUUUGAGUUUUAUCAUUUUAUAUAUGUUUAGGCCAAAGUUGAACCCAUUUCAGCUUAAAACCAGAUGAUUGUGCUAUUUAUUAUAACACAAUCAAACGGCUCUAACCAGAAGUGGCUGAAAGUGCUGAUGACAUAGAUUCAUUUUCUGUAUCUGUGCCAUCAGUGCUCUGCUUUUCACAGCAGGUCCAAACGCUGCUUACCUUUUCUUGACUCUUUCUUAUUCACAUAGUAGCUAAAGUCGGUGUUAGACCUAUUCUUUAUAAGUCACAUGUAAGAUUUAGCCCCGUCUUUGUCACAGUAACAAGAUCUAGUGAGAUCUGGCAGCAUGGGCAUCUCUCCUUAUGCAAGAUGUGAUUACUCAUAUCUCUUCACUGUGUAGGUGUUAAAAUAUCUGUGGGUUAUGACAUGACAUAAGUAUGCACUGAGUACAUUGUUAAAUACUCCAAUCAUGAUAUAGUAUGUGAUUAAAAAUGCUGAAGCAUGCGUGUUAGCUUUAGCUUAAACUAUCUGUUUUAAAGUAGCACUGCUUCAUUUGAGAAUGGCUGAUGGCUGUUUUGAAGCCUUGAGAUGAGACCCAGAACAAAAAAUAGCUGAUUUAUUAUAAUAAAUAGAGCUUUUCUGAUGUGUUUACUGCAUGUGUUUUAGUUGCAAAUUACAUAAAAUGUCCGUGUUGCAGAUUUCGCUCUCCAUGCAGGGGGACAGGAAUGCGUUACUUGAUCCCGACCCCCCUGAAAAAGUCUGCAGUGAUGUCCCAAUCUCCUAACUAGUCAUUUGAAACACACUCGAGUGGUUUAACAUCAAUUUCUUCUGGUGCCCCAGAACAAUCACUGCUUGUGUACCAGCUUCAUAUGACCUCCUUCUUUAAACUGGUUUGGAAAAUCCUGACAAACAUCCUUAUUUAACCUGCUAUCAGUGAGACGAGCUUUUGUCAACAUACCCUGAUUAUAAACCAACGUUAAAGCUCCCAUCUGUCAAAGUAAUGGUUUCAGCACCUUCACACGGGGUACUAUUAUCUUGAGUCUGCAGUUGUUUGUCUGCGUCUGGAAGCUUGGCGGGUUGUUAAAAUAGGUUUUAUUAACACAGCGUAAAACCCCUUGGUACUUUUAGCACCUGAAAAACGUGCUCUGCAUCCUCUCGUGACAUCCAUGUUUGCCAAAACUUAAAAAAAAAAAAUCCAGUAAGUGUCUCUGAGUGUCCUUGACCACAGAACUCCCCUCAAAGGUCACCCAUGUGGCAGUUAUCUGUUUUAAAAUGCCAGCUCACAUCACGUAAGUGGAUGGUAAACACCGCAACAGUUUCAUUUCUCAGGACCUUUCUAAACGAACAUGAAAAGAUGUUUACCGAAUUGCAGACACAUUUAUCUGCUGACAUCUUAACCUUGUAAUGACAGGCUGUUUACACUGUUUUCGUAAUUCUUCCUCUUCUUUUCCCCUCAUUCUCUCUCUCCCUCUGUCUCUCUUCUGAUACCAGGUCAAGCUCUGCAGUGCUACAAAUGCAAAAUUGGCUUCUGGAACAUGUGCCUAACCUCUGAAGUCGGGUGCGCCGCUGACGAACAGUGCUUCAGUGGUAUCGGGAAAGCAGGUAAGAAACCUCAGGAGGUAAAUAUCCUACCGGACCGCAUUCUCCUCAAAGACGUUUUCCAUCACUCAUAAAACCACACCAGUUGCAUUCUCGAAAUUCAAAACUGUUUUAACGGAAGCAAGGGAGGAAAUUUGGCGCUUCAGAUGGGAAUUCUGUCUGUUUAAACAACUACUGGGACAGGAAACUGUACGACCUAUUUUAGCCACUGAUUUCCCAUCUAGGGGGUUUAACUCAGGGGGGGCCACUGCUUUAGAUACCAGAAGGGUAUCUGAAAAAAAAUGUGGAAAAGCUCAGCUACCAAUCAGCCGAUUGUUAAGAUCAUUUUUAAUCUGAAUUCAUGAUUGUAACUUGCAAAGCAGAUAAAUUGGCCACAUCCCACAUCUGUCGUCAAGCUGGUUGGAGAAUGACCGGACCAAUCAGCAUCAUUUGAGAAGAAAGAAGCAGUAGUAGUGUUAAGUUGUGGCGAGCCUGUAAAUGGUAGCGUAGAGGUAGCUGAGGCGUACCGUGAUGAUUUAGCAAACAAUUCUACGGAUGGAGUUCACAUCACGUACAAAUGUUAAAGAAAUAACAAUAAAGCGUAUUGUCCUUUGCGCUUGUCUUAAACCACACUGUAUGUGUUGUUGCUCUGAUUGGCAUGUAACGGACAUAGUGAUCGUCCAAUCACCCUCCGUUUUUAAAGGUUCUGUCCUUCCCAAACAGUCAGUACAUUUACAUGAAACUCAAGAAAACUGAAUUAUUGCCUUACUCCAAUUAAGACCAGACAACUGAAGUGCAACACCUUAGUCCAACUAUAAUUGUAGUUUGAGAACUCUGAUUGGAGUCGGAGAACUUUGAUUUAGACACCCAGAUAAUGUGAUUGGAAUUUGAUUUUCUCUACCAUGUAACCAGUGUGUAUGUGCACACACCAAAGAAGAGGAGUAGCGUUCACCUCAUAUGCAGAAAAAGUUGCGCAUACAUCAUGAACGACAAAAACAUUGCUGUACGAUGCUCCAUCUUCUUGCUCAAAAAUGCCCAGCAGCAGUUGUAGCCACUUCUGAUGUCUGGCACAGAUCUGCUCUUGUUGUUGACGGCAAUAAUUUAAUUUUUUCAACUGCAUGUAUACGCGGACAAGGAGAGAAGUCCGAUUCAGCGGAAAAAAAAACGAAUGAUGAGCUUAGUCCGAUUACGCUGUGCAUGUAAACGCACUGACUGUCUAUGAAGUGUCGACCAGAUUAAUAUGUACCGUGUACAUGUGAGACAGUCUUUAGGCAGGUCAGGUUCGGUCAUAGUACCUUCCAUAGCACUGGUGUGUUAUUCACAGCCAUGGUCUGUUAUUUGGAAAUAACAGACUGUCCAAUCUUGUAAUCGGCCAAUCAUAACUGAGCGUUCAACAAAGCUAUGCAGGAACUUCAUUUAACGGUACAAAGAAGUGUACUUGACUGACUGUCGCCUCUGUCAACCCUAUCACGCAAUGUUCUGUGUGACUUAGCAAAAUUAAAUCUGAUGUCUGUGAGACUUGUAUAACAUCUAAUGCACAAGAAGCCCCACGGGGAAACUCCUACUGCUACUCGUGCACAGGGCUGGAGGAAACUUUUGACAGUACUGAUGCACAUGGAAGAAGUUUGUAGAAAACUCUUUUGUACCAAGGAAACUAAAAGUCAGUGUUGACAGUGUUAGUGUUACAAGAUUAAUGAAAGAGCGGCUCAGUUAGCUUAAGUUAAUGAUGUAGUCUUGCACUUUUUGAGUCUUGUGAAUGAAACGGAAACACGCAACGUUUUAGUCAUCAAUUAGCCUCCUUUUGUGUUCGAAAGUUACUCAUGUGUUCGCUGUUCUGACAUAAAUAUCUCAGUGACACGGAAAUGAACAUUGAAUACUCAUGAAUGUCAUGAUUGAUGAUGACUUUUAUGGGUCUCUGUAGUGAAGUUGAUAAACUGGAUCGCCUUAUCUGGUUAGCAGCAGAUCUGUUCUUUGACAAUCAGUUUGACAGCCUUUAAGCUUAAAUGCAAAUACAUAAUAAUAGCAUCAGCCUGAGAUAUAAAUCAAAUUGAGUGUGUUAGCUUUCUGAAAAGAGAAAUGUUACCUCAUGUUAUAUAGAAGCUGAUUGAUUUAAGUGAACCAUGAAGACCAAUCAGCACUGACUGUUAUUGUUUCUGCUGUCGUUUCACAGCCGGGUUUGUGGACAUCACCAUGAAGGGCUGUCUAAAAGUGGCCGAGUGUAACCAAACCAAAGACGUGAACCUCCCCGGCAGUGACUCCAACUCCACCACGCUUUACACCAUGACCAAAACGUGCUGCAACAUGGACCUGUGCAACGCUGCGCCCGGUCUGCCCGGGGCCUCCGCGCUGAGCCUGGCCGUCGCCACCCUCACCGCUGUGUUUGUGGCCAACAUGGUUUGACACGAGCACGAUGCAGAAGUCCGCACAAAACACACAUAAGUUUUCUGUUUACUAUCCCUGAGGUGUAUUGUACAACUACUUUUUUAAUUUAACACACAUGUAUACCUAUAAAAUCUAUAUUUUUGUCUUUACAUAGAUAUUAAUCAGUGAUAGAGAUGAAUCAGUGAACCGUCCCAGCUCCUCCCUUUAAUUUAAAGGAGUUAUUAAAACAUUAGCUGACCAUUGAAAGUGUUGCAUAAACUUGUAACUCUUACAUCACAGGAGAUUUAAAAGUUCCUUACGGUUUUUAAUGUUCUCCAAUUAACGUAUUUUUUUCCAGACGAGCUGCUUAAAAGUUUAGGUGUGGGGCGAAGGGGGUCACCAGCUAAAUCAGGCGUGUGCCGUUUUACCGCGUCACUGCCGUUGUGGGUUAAUUGAUUCGAUUACAGCUCACAGGGUUGGUCCGACGCUUUGAGGAAUACUCUCAGUCAAUUUUUCCGUUAUACAUGAAGUUAAGCUACAGUUAGCUUAGCAUAUCUACUGAACACAGUAAUGCAGCUCUCUCUGCUUUGUCUAAAUCUAUAUAAGAAAUGUCACCAAACACUUACAAAGCAAAAGGUUAGCUGGUAAUAAGUUUAUCGCUUUGCUGUCUUGUCGUUAUGCUAAGCUAAUCGCCCUUUCCGUUACUCCAAAAAGAAACGACCAUUAUCAAACUCAUUUGAUAAAAAGCAAGUAACCCUUUCCUUAAAUUGCUGAAUCUCCUCCUGCUGUAUUAAUGAUUCAGACGCAUUAUUAAGAUGCUUAUUUUGAACAUUUCUACUCCUAUUCAUUUCAUUUACUGCCUUUUUGUGUUCACUUUAUAAAUGCACAUCUAUUAGUAUGUAAGUUGUCUCUUUGCUUUUGUCUGGAACUUUUUUUUCUUUUCAUUUUUUUUUUGACACAAUUUUAUCGAUCGACUUUUUAUAGCCUGUUGUACUUUUAAGGUUUGUGUCAAAUUCCCACUGCACAUUAAUCGUAAACUGUCGGGUAAAAGCUUCACUUUAUCUUGCUGGUUUUGAAUGUAUAUACUGUAUGUUAAAUUGUGCGGGAAGGACGAUUUAAUCGACUUUGUGGUUAGCAGAUAUUGAAGUGUAGUCAAGAAUAGGGCAAUUUGAAAAAUGUCUGAUCUAUAGAUAUCCUCUUUAAGAAAAAAUCAUAUAAGAUAAGAUCCUGUAACGAAGCUAUCUUUAGCUCUGUUUCUCAACACAAAUGUGUUUCUGAUGAUUGUGAAAUCGGGAAUGUAGACAAUUUGAAAAAUGCAAUAAAUAUCCAAACUUAUGGGGGAAAAGUAACCUAUGUGGUGUGGUGUGAUUUGAUUUCGUCAUUCUGAAUGUUUCUUCCCUUUGCGCCAUCCUGCAGGACCGACUGGUUGCUCAGGUUUCAGGGGGAGAGCCCACAGUACUGGUUUUGGUAUGAGGGAGAGGUGUGAUUUCAUGUUUUGGCUUUGGAUUGACAUUGUAAGCGUUUAGGGAAACCAAUAAUUAGCCAAUCCACAAGUUGAGGCAUGUUUUUUAAUUCUGCUACUGUUUUAAUAAAUAAGGUCUGACGUUA